AUGAUACAAACUCUCUCUCUUUCUUUUCUAAUAUUAUCUCUCAUGUUCUCCAUCAUAUCGAUUUCUACCGCAAACUCCAACGUUUAUGUUCAAUGCUCUCAACUCAACUUCACAUCAGUGACACCAUAUGACUCGAAUGUUAACUCGCUUUUCACUUCUUUAGUCGACUCGGCCUCUAUUUGCAACUUCAACAAAUUUGAAAUAGCCCCACUAAACGAUGUUGUGUAUGGCCUCUACCAAUGUAGAGGUGACCUUAGCUCCCCCAAUUGCAAAGACUGUGUGUCCAACUCUAUAAGUCAACUCAAGACAAUUUGUCCUAUGUCCAGAGGUGGUGCAAUACAAUUAGAAGAAUGUUUUGUGAAGUACAAUGAAGCAUCCUUCUUUGAGGAAGAUGACAAGAUGGAGGUGUAUAAGAGAUGUGGCCCUUCAGUUGGCUAUAAUUAUGAUGUUUUGAACAAUAUAGAUGGUGUGUUGGCAUAUCUAGUCUAUGGGAAUGGGCAAUACUUUCGUCAAUAUGAUUUUGCUACCAUACAAGGCGUUGCACAAUGUGUACAAGAUUUGAGUUUAAGCGAUUGUCAAGAUUGUCUUUCGGAGGCAAGUAGACAGUUGAGAUCAGAGUGUGAAACAUCGACUUGGGGUGAUAUGUAUCUGGGAAAAUGUUAUAUCCGAUACGCCGAUCAUGGCAAUGAGAAUCAUGCAAAUGACGGCUUUGUAGCAAUAGUUGGCGUUGGGAGUUUGACUUUUUCUGUCAAAAACUACUGCACAAUAAACGUUAUCAAUAAAGGAAUGGAAAAGAUGAAGAAAUAUGUCGAAGGAGCCAAAAAAGACGUUGAGUUAGUCAAAUCUGAUGCAAAAUCCGCCAAGGAAAAGGCACAAAAAGCUGAGAUUGAAGCAAAAUCAGCCAAGGAAAAGGCACAAAAAGCUGAAACUGAAGCAAACUCGGCCAAGGAAAAGACAGAUAAAACAGAGAAAAUAGUAGGAGAAGAAAUAGCUAAAAAUGGAUUCAAGUUAUAUAUUUCAUAUGAGCCGCAAAUUUCCAUGCCACCUCCUUGCUAUUACGUGUCACAUUCGAGUCCUUGCUAUUGGUAA